AUGAAUCCAUUAGAACUCCAAUGGACCCCUUCUUCGGGAUAUCCGACAGCCACCUCAAUGGUGUCAACGUUGCUGUCCAUCAAUCCCACAGCCGUUCCAGCACUCACUGAAUCAAUGGUCCACGCGGCAGAGAGUCUUGCUACAGCUACUCUUAGAAAUGACUUGAUUCUGCUUUCGCGAGUCAUUCGUGGAGCCAAGGCUUCGUUGACUGCCAUUAGUGCCCAACAGGUGAUUGCGACAGCCACUGAAUCUGCGCAACAGGCCGAGGCCACCCUGGCGCUCCUUCAGGCAUCGUACAACUUACAAAGGUUAGCUCUAGAGGAGAAUUUCUAUAAAUACUACAUGAACUUGGGCGCCAAUGUCUUCUUUUUUGUGGUGUUUGCAUUGCUCUUGUUCUUCAAUGUUGGGAUGUUGUACAAGAGUCGUCACCACUGGUACAACAUCUCUUUCAUCUGCGGUUACAUUCUCGAGUUCCUUGGAUUUUUGGGUCGUAUCUUGUCGACCACCAACUACACAAACAUGAACUAUUAUUUACUCCAGUAUGCGCCGCUCACGAUCUCACCUGCUUUUUUCAUGGCUGGUAUUUAUUUCAUUUUCGCUCAAAAUGUCAUCAUGUACGGAAAGCAAUAUACUAUAUUGCCCCCGAUCUGGUACUCUUACUUUUUCAUUGCAAGCGAUGCUAUUUGCUUAAUUGUCCAAGGUGUUGGUGGUGGUAUGGCUUCUGAAGCUUCCAAAACUAGCACAGAUCCUGCGCCAGGAACUUGGACCAUGUUUGCAGGUGUGUUGGCUCAGACAGUCGCGAUGUCUGUUUUUGUUAUUUUCUGGUUCAACUUUUUAUGGCGUCUUUAUUUUCACCAUACUAAUCCGAACAGCACAAACAAAUUGGCCAAAAAGGGACUCCUAAACUAUUUCCGCCUCUUGUUACAUUUACCUUCCACACGUGCCUAUAAGGCAGAGGAGUUGGAACCCUUCUAUGACCCCGAAUACCACCAUAUCCGUCAACGCAAGCUUGUCCCAUAUUUCCCCCUCGCAAUUACCAUUGCUGUUGCAGCCAUUUAUAUCAGAUGCAUUUACCGUGUUGUUGAGCUCAAGGAGGGUUUUGAUGGCUACCUUAUUACACAUGAAGUAUUCAUUAUGGUGCUUGACGCCGCUUUGAUUUUCAUUGCAGGUGCUGUAUUCGUUCCUUUCCACCCUGUAUUUGUAUUCGGACCUAAGAAUAUUUUCAAUGUUGCGAGAGUCAGAGGCAAACAUAACGCGGAUCAAGAAAACAAAAGAGGUGAUGAGAGUUUAGAUACCCUGAUGGAUGAAGUUCCUCCCUCAAACGUUGAUCUUACUUAUGAUAGAAUUCCAGCGGCCAAGGAAAGAGCUUGA